AUGGCGCCUACGCUGUCGGAAGAUGAGAUUGAUGAUGUCAUCUAUCUCGCUCGAAUCGGAGACGAUGAUGAGCUGAAUGACGUUCUCACGGCGUUAGCCGAGCGCGAGAACGUGACCCAGGCAGAAAUCUUGAUGGCGGCCAAGAACGACGCCAAGUCGACCGCCCUCCAUAUGGCCAGCGGCAACGGCCAUGCAGAAACCGUGCGGAAGCUUCUGCUCCGUUUCGAUGGGCGACCAAGCGAGGAAAAGCAAGCAUUCGUUGACGAGGCAAACGAGCACGGAAACACCGGGCUACACUGGGCCGCUCUCGGCGGCCACCUCGAGACGAUCAAGCUGCUGACGGAACACGGCGCGACUCCGGCCCUGGCCAACGAAAGCAACUACGUGCCCCUCGACUUGGCCAACCUCAACGACAAGCGUGAGGUUGCCGAGUUUUUCCUCGCCUCUGCCGGCAUGCUGGAAAGCAAGAAUGAGGAGAGCGGGCUGGCCAGUGCAGCCGAAUCAAUAGAGCUGGAUGGUGACGACGACCAGAGGGACCAAGCACAGGCUGCGUAG